AUGCAUGAUGGUUGCAGCAGCUGCCUGCAGCUCAGCCCAGCCGGCGGCAGUACGGGCAGGGCCGCCCUCCUUCGGCGGGCGCCGCGAGCAGCCGCCAAGCGCUGCACAGCCGAGCGCAGCGCAGCCCAGCGCUGCACAGCAGCACAGCCGAGCGCAGCGCAGCCCAGCGCAGCACAGCAGCACAGACGAGCGCAGUACAGCCGAGAGCUGCACAGCCGAGCGCAGCACAGCAGCACAGUCGAGCGCAGCACAGCCGAGCGCAGCACGGGCCGGUGCCGGCAGCGCUCCCUCCCCGGGGCACGCACAUCCCCUCGGAACGCUUCCCGCCCCUCACAGGGCUCCCCGCCCCUCACGCCGUCCCUCACGCCUUUUCCCGCCUCUCUCACCUGCCCUCACGCCGUUCCCCACCUCUCACACCGCCCCUCACGCCUUUUCCCGCCUCUCUCACCUGCCCUCACACCGCCCUCACGCCUUUUCCCGCCUCUCUCACCUGCCCUCACACCGCCCUCACGCCUUUUCCCGCCUCUCUCACCUGCCCUCACGCCGUUCCCCACCCCUCACACCGCCCCUCACACCGCCCCUCACACCGCCCUCACGCCGCCCUCACGCCGCUCUCCGCCUCUCUCACCUGCCCUCGCACCGCUCCGCCUCUCACACCUCCCUUCAGAGUGCUUCCCGCCCCUCACUAUCAGCUUCGUACCGCCCCUCACACCGCUCCCCGCUCUCAGGACCCUGCCCCGCCCCGCCCCGCGCGCUCCGAACCGCCGAAGGCGCUGCCGCUCGGGUCGGUGCGCGGUUCCCUGCGCGGUUCCGUGGUUCUGCCCUGGCCUGCCCCGCUUGGUUCCCCGCGCUCCCGGUUCCGCCAUGGCGCUGAGGAAGAGUGUCCCGCUGGGCCGCCGCUCUCCCGCAGUUAAAGCUGGAGGUAUGAGAGUGUCUAAAAAGCAAGAAAAUGGACCUGUUGAGAAAAAUGCUAAACUUCCAGGAAAAGAAAAGUCAAGUGCUAUUGUCAGUUUUACAAAACCUCAGAACAUGGGAGUCUUGGUAGCAGAAGCACUGAACAAAAUGAGCCACAAAAUGCAUGCAGCAACAUUACAAGUGGCUCACCAAAAGCCACAACCUACCUUGGAGAAGUUCAUACUGCCUAAAAGAAUUUACAUUAUUCAACAGCCACGGAAAUGUUAAGAUAAUCAGUAAAACACUUAUGUUUACUUAAAAGUGAGUUUCUAUUCCAAAUAGCACUUAGCACACUAUGGUGAAGUGCUCAAAAGUUGUGUGCCUUGUAUCUUGCUGUGUUUCUGUUACUGACAAUAAAAUGUGAGAAGAGUUACUAAAUGUACUCAGGAUUUAUUACAAUAUCAUGGCUUCUGUCUAACCUGGUGUUACUGGUAUGUAGUAAUUACUCAAUGCCAAAAAGUCUAAGUUUCAAUUACUGUGUGAGUUUUGAGUGAAGGAAUGGGAGCUGUCAGCCCUAUUGUUUUGGGGUUUUCUUUAGUUUAAUGUAGCAAAGCUGAUGUGAACUUGAUUCUAAGAAAGCAUGACUGAGAGACAUGGGGCUUCUUUCAAUUGAGCCUGAGGUUUUCCAUGCUGAAUGCAGGCCUGAGGCUUACUGCAUGAUAAGUAAUUCACAAAGUCCUGUGAAGGAUUUCUGUGCAAUGAAAGAAGUAUUUUUUGUUUGCAUUUCUUGCUGUAAGAAAACCAGCUCCUCUGCAGAGAUCCAGCAAGCAGGAAGAACUGAGUGGAAAAAGUCUGUUUGAACCUGUUUGGGGCUGGGGUGGAUAAAUGAAAGAAUUGCCUGACUUGGAGCUUAACCCUUGGCAUAGGAGGGCAGGUAGCAGGGAGGAGCCAAGGUGCAGAGAAUGCUGUGACUGGAGUUUGGACUUGCUAGAAUGGUGUAUGAGACUUGGCACUGCCUGGAAAAGUACGAUCAUGAAGGGUCAAGCUUAAAAAUGGGGAGGAACAAGUGUAAAUCCCAGUCCAGGCAAUGUCCUUGAGCCAUGACCUGCUUGCAGUGACAGCAGGGACAAUAGAGCCAGGGGAUAAUACUGUCCUGCUGUUGGGAGUUGAUUGUGGAGCUGCACUGACUCAGAAUUUGACCUUUUUUUUUUUUCCUAAGGUAGUGAUUGCAGAAGAAUAUUGUCACAAAACUGAUUCUUUGACCCUUUUGGUGUGCAAGAAAUUGAUCCCCACAGAGAGUGGAGGUUUUUGAUCUGUUUACAGUUGUGUGCAGAAAGGGGUGCUGGGUGGUGAAUUGUCAGAGACAUGACCAAGGCAGGCACACCUAUAGGUUACAGUCUCAGGCCAAGCAGAUCUUGCUAACAGCAACUUAACCAUGCAGUGAAGUUUCUCUCUGUUUCAGUCUCAAGGUAUAGUGCCCAAGAAGUCAUGGUAUGUGCUCAGUGAGCAGCGGGCUCUUGGUGGGCAGAGGGGGCUGAGCUAGAGAUGUGGCUUUUACUAUUAUAAUUAUAAUCCUAUGAGGAAAGUGCAUGGCAAGGGCAAGUUCUCACCACAGAAGCAGUCAGACCUGGGGGUUUGUUGGCCCAUCAUAUAAGGUCCUGAAAAAAAAGGGUGUUAUCUUUUUGUUUCCUCCCCUUCAAGGACAUAGGACAUCAAUUUUCUGUUUUCUACAUUCCUGUGGCUGUUGCUUCCAUUGCUUAACUGCUUUGUUCUCUGUCUUAUUAUUUGGAACUUUGUUCCUGUUAUUCAUCAGUUCCCCACUUCUGUACUUAUGAUGCUUCUUAUACAUAUCAUAAGUCUCACUUUGGAACUGUCACAUAUUUUCCUGAAAAGAAUCAUGGUGCUGACAGGUAAAUCAAUUACUUCAUAAUUUCCCAAAUGCAAAUACACAGUGCUACAAUUAAGACAAAGCAUGAUAGGGUUAGUAUUAGGAGAGCAACAAGGUAAGACAUCUCAUUUAAACUCCCUGUAGUGAUGGUUAGUGACCAUCUGAAAAGUGUCCUACCACCCCUGUGGUAGGACGCUUUUCACUUGUUCCAGCCCUUGUGUGCUUUCUGCAUCACGAUGGACAGUAAUCAAAGUAUUUUAUCCAUUCUUCUGAACUUGUUUCAGCAGUUGAUGCAGAUCAUCCGGCUAUAAUAAUUUUCUUACUCAAGUGAGAUUCAUCCCAACAGGGGAUCAGCAUAUAACUAUACUGCAAUAGCUGAUAAUAAUGUGACAGGAACUGAAUAAUUGAAAUCCCACCCAUUGAUUUUGGUGAAAUUGGGAACACAAACAUUAGAGUAAUUAUCUGUAUCUACAAUAAGGUUAUUUACAAAUAGGAAGCCACAAUUUAUUCUCAUAUAAGAACAUAGUUUUCCAGUAUAUUAAAGUACACGUUCAUGAGCUUCCUCAGGAUGGAUUUCAAAAUGACAAACGCCAUUCUGAAUCGAGAUGAAUGUCAGGGCUUUGGUGUUAGUGCUCAAGUGAGUCCCUAUUCCCAUAUAGUGCAUGUACUAACAGUGAUGGUUUGCCAUUCCUCAUGGGCACAUGGGAAACUCUCUGGGGUAGGGCUCGGUUAUGAUUCAGGCCUAGUGCAGUGACUGAGGGAUGGACACUGAGGCUCCUAUAUGGAUUAGUACCAGGACUGUGCUAUUGAUGGUAUUUUAAUUACUAGAUGCCACCAAGACUGGAAUUCCUUUGCAAAUUCAGUCAUUAUUCCAAGUUACUUUUUGAAGUUUAGUGGAUGGAGGAGGUGCCUUCUUCACCUUCUCUUAAAAUUGCUGCUGCUGCUGUUGAUUGUAUCCACAACUGAGCUCAGAUGUAGCUGAGAGAAAAAGAACCUUCACCUUGGUUUGCACCAAGUGCCUCUGGGAUCAACCAUGAGCUCGCUCAUUGAUUCUUUCCCACUGAGGCAAUGUGUCAGAUAAGAGCCAUUGAUUAUUUCUAAUGCUGGUAGAGAAGACACAGAGGGUGUCACAAUUUGCUUAAAUCACUUGUGGUUGUGCUCAGGUUAUUUAUAAGUACUUCAGCAUCUGCACAAUUUAAAACUCCCUGUGGUUCCAGUCACAAAUCUUCUUGUUCCUUGUGGUGUUUUGCCCAUGUAGCCAAGCUGUCUUGCAUGGGAAGCACUUAAGGAUGGUGACCACAUUGGUUUAAGUGUAGAAAUAUUAAUCUGCUUUACUAGUUCUAUAUGUUUAAGAAACCAAGGUGGAUUAAACAACAUUUGUUGCUGAUCUG